AUGGGCGGAAAGGAAGGCGGCCACCAGGCAAAGAGGACAUGCGAGCUCGAGUGUACGCCACGUCCAACAGGAGCCGCCGACUUUGUUGCCAUUAUCGCCUCGCCAGGGCGCUCGCACCAAGUCCAAGAGCGGCGGCAAGAUGGAACGGAGACGUCAAGUCGGGAGCGAGACGGUCCAGACGCCGAUGAUGCAGACGCCGAUGGCCCAGACGCCGAUGGUCCAGACGCCGGUAUCGAUGGCAGCCAUUUAUAUGUACAAGGAGGAAAUAUAGCGACAAAAUGGGCCACUGGUGGAUUGCAGACGCUCUUUGUACAGGCAUGA